UUUUGGGUGCAAGAGAGGAGAAGAGAAUGAAUCAACUAAAUUAACCACCAGAUUUUAAUUUUAAUACAUUUUUGCUUCCCAUUCCCUCUCCUAUUCCUCCUAACUUGUCGGUCUUUCCUACUUCCAUUCUCUCUCUCUCUCCUCCUCUCUCUAGCCAGAGCGGCAACAAUAGCCCAGAUCAACCAAUUGGGUUUUCUUUUUCCUUUUCUGUCUUGGUUUUUGUGUCGGUGACAAAGUGAAAGAUCGUGAAUUUACUCAAAUAUCGGAGAGAAAAACACAGAUCUUUUUUAGUUUUGAUUAAAUUUGCAAAUUUAAUUUCUGGGUCUUUGGUGGAUUCAUGACGAGUUGGAGAUAUAAAGCUGGUUUGUUCCUAAUUGCUGCUGUUGUUAUCAUCUGGGUAUCCUCUGCAGAAGUAACCCAGGGAAUUUAUACGGACUACAAGCAGCCAUUUGCAGUGACCUAUCUUGGAGCUUCUCUGAUGGUGGUUUAUCUCCCAAUAGCAUUCAUUAAGGAUUGGAUAUAUAAUAUGAUAAGAAAACGCUCUUGUGAAAAUGGUAAAGGUGCAGCAAUUAGUAAUGAGUCCUCUGCUGAAAGCAAUAUGUUUGAAAUGGAACUUCAAGGGACUUUGAAUAGAAAAGACAGUGAAGCUGACCUUCCUGCUCAGGAAGAAGGAAGGCCAUUAGUUCCUAAACACAAAGAUGACGUCGACACAUUAAAACAACACAAACAGCUUACAGCCAGGGAGAUUGCUGCUUAUGGAUUUUGUAUUGCCCCUCUUUGGUUUAUUACAGAAUAUUUAUCAAAUGCUGCACUUGCACGUACAAGUGUUGCGAGUACAACAGUAUUAUCCUCAACUUCAGGACUAUUUACACUUUUCAUUGGUGUAUUUCUUGGCCAAGAUUCCUUAAACAUAGCAAAGGUGGUUGCUGUAUUUGUCAGCAUGGCUGGUGUUGCCAUGACAACUCUAGGGAAAACUUGGGCCGCAGAUGAGUCACCAGUAAAUGCCUCUUUAAAUGGAAACCGCUCUCUUGUUGGAGAUCUUUUUGGUCUUCUCUCAGCUGUGACAUACGGGCUAUUUACUGUACUACUCAAAAAGUUUUCUGGUGAGGAAGGAGAAAGAGUUGACGUGCAAAAGUUGUUUGGUUAUAUUGGAUUGUUUACACUUGUAGCACUGUGGUGGCUUGUCUGGCCAUUAACAGCCUUAGGGAUUGAACCCAAGUUUAUGAUUCCUCAUUCUGCUAAAAUGGAUGAAGUUGUUAUUGCCAAUGGAUUUAUUGGGAGUGUUCUUUCUGACUACUUCUGGGCAUUAUGUGUUGUUUGGACAACUCCACUUGUGGCCACCUUGGGCAUGUCUCUCACCAUCCCACUUGCUAUGGUGGCUGAUAUGAUAAUUCAUGGCCGUCAUUAUUCAGCCAUAUAUAUUCUUGGUUCAGUUCAGGUAUUUGCGGGAUUUGUAAUAGCUAACCUUGCCGAUUGGUUCUCAAAAAUGUUGGGAUUGUAGCAUUUCAUGAAACCUUCUUGCUUUUUGACAAUCAUAAUUUUUUGGGGGGGGCCAUCGUCCGCUUUGGUGAUUUGGAAGUCCAACAGUGUGAAGUGAAGUAAUGUGAAGAAGCUCUUAGAGCAUCUACAACAAGAGAAGGUAACGAAUGCUUACUUGUACAACUAAUUGUUCAAAUGGGAUUUACAGUGACACUUUCUCAUCAUGGUCUUGUGUAUUGUGCCCAAAAUGUAAUAAAUAUAUUUUUCUCAAACUGUUCUCAUUUUUUAUUUUUUUUAUUUUGGUGCUUCUUGUUCCAUGUCUUUGGAACUGUGACUUCCAUGGAUGUUUGUACAAAUAUUUUCAAUGGAUCAAUAUCAACAUUUGUGCUAA